ACAUUCUGCGCUUACUUGUUCCUUUGAUCCUUCACUCCUUUUUCUUAAUCAUGUUUUAGAUCAUAAUCAUCAUCGUUUAUGCAAACCCUUCCCGUCUCUUUUUCUGUCUUGUUUAACUUGUUCUAUACAAAAACCAUUCAUGAGAUUAUCUUCUUGGGUUGGGAGCAUCAAUCAGUAGAAAUAUAUGUAAAUCAUAUGAUCUCAAUUCUCAACCCUGUUGUGUUUUCUCUCUUUUAAAUCUAAGAUUUAGCAGGUUGCAGGGAAAGUUGAAACAAUCAUACAUGGAUAGACAGAAUAGUGCAAAUCAUGAGUGUGAUAUGGAUGGGCGGGACAUUGAAAAUGAUCAACUGAUGGAUUGGAAGGAGACUGAGACUACUGCAUCUUACAUUCAACCACUGUUGUUAAAAAGGGUCAACACCACUUCUCAGAUUGCCAUUGUUGGUGCCAACGUUUGCCCCAUUGAAAGCCUUGACUACGAGAUCGUGGAAAAUGAGUUAUUUAAGCAAGAUUGGAGAUCCAGGAGCAAGGUUCAGAUAUUCCAAUAUGUAAUACUCAAGUGGGCAUUUGCCCUUUGUAUAGGGCUAUUCACUGGACUUGUUGGCAUCUUCAACAAUAUUGCAGUGGAGAACAUAUCUGGCUUUAAGCUGCUUGUCACUACGGAUUUCAUUACCGACAAAAAAUAUUUUAAGGCAUUUGCUGUUUAUGCGGGAUGCAAUAUAGGUUUGGCUGCUGCAGCUGGAGCUCUGUGUGCUUUUAUUGCUCCUGCAGCAGCAGGGUCUGGUAUCCCUGAGGUAAAAGCCUAUCUCAAUGGCGUGGAUGCUUACACAAUACUAGCUCCAGGUACUCUCUUUGUAAAGAUUUUUGGUUCUGUGCUUGGUGUGUCUGCUGGAUUUGUUGUGGGUAAAGAAGGGCCAAUGGUUCACACAGGUGCUUGCAUAGCCUCUUUGCUUGGGCAAGGGGGCUCUCGUAAAUACCAUUUGACAUGGAGAUGGCUGAGAUAUUUUAAAAAUGAUCGGGAUAGAAGAGACUUGAUCACUUGUGGAGCUGCAGCUGGUGUGGCUGCUGCCUUUCGUGCUCCAGUUGGUGGUGUCCUCUUUGCUCUUGAAGAGGCAGCUUCAUGGUGGCGGAGUGCUCUUCUUUGGAGAACAUUUUUCACAACAGCAGUGGUUGCUAUAGUCUUGAGAGCUUUUAUACAGCUUUGCUCUUCUGGAAGCUGUGGAUUAUUUGGUGAAGGUGGUCUGAUAAUGUAUGAUGUCAGUGCAGCAAUAGUUACAUACAGCAGUUCAGAUAUAUUAGCUGUCCUACUUUUAGGAAUCAUUGGAGGCAUUUUUGGAAGCUUUUAUAAUUAUCUGGUGGACAAGGUCCUUCGUGUUUAUAGCAUCAUAAAUGAGAGAGGUGCUGCCUUUAAAAUCUUACUUGUUGUCACUAUCGCCCUCCUAACAUCAUGUUGUUCUUAUGGCCUGCCGUGGUUUGCACAGUGCAUCCCCUGCCCUACUGAUUCAUCUGUUAGCUGUCCCAGUACUGAUGCAUCUGGCAACUAUAAAAGCUUCCAGUGCCCGUCAGGUUACUACAAUGAUCUUGCCUCUCUCUUUCUGAAUACUAAUGACGAUGCUAUCCGAAAUUUAAUGAGCACCAGUACAGCAAAAGAAUUUCAUAUUUCUUCUCUGGUCAUCUUCUUUGCUGCUGUCUUCUGCCUGGGAAUUAUAACCUAUGGGAUUGCUAUUCCCUCUGGUCUCUUCAUCCCUGUCAUACUAGCUGGUGCUUGCUAUGGCCGUUUAGUAGGAAGAUUAUUUGAGUCCAUUUCCAAACUUGAUACUGGUCUCUUUGCCCUACUUGGAGCCGCAUCCUUCCUUGGUGGCACCAUGAGAAUGACAGUUUCCCUGUGUGUAAUACUGCUUGAGCUUACUAAUGAUUUGUACCUUCUGCCCCUUGUCAUGUUGGUUCUCCUUAUUUCAAAGACCGUGGCUGAUAAUUUUAACAAAGGUGUCUAUGAUCAAAUAGUGAAAUUAAAGGGAUUUCCUUAUAUGGAGGCCCAUGCAGAACCUUACAUGCGGCAGUUAGUCGCACUGGAUGUUGUCACUGGUCCAUUGAUAACCUUUUCCGGUGUUGAAAAGGUUGAGACUAUAUUACAUGCUCUGAGAACAACAGGGCAUAAUGGAUUCCCUGUGGUUGAUGAUCCACCUUUCUCAGAUGCACCAGAAUUAUGUGGGGUUGUCUUGAGGUCUCAUUUGCUUGUUCUCCUCAAGGGAAAAGUUUUUUCCAAGGACAAAAUACUUGCUGGAGAAGAGAUAUUGCGAAGAUUUGCAGCAUUUGAUUUUGCCAAGGCUGGCUCAGGGAAGGGAAUCAAACUAGAUGAUCUAGAUAUUGAACAGGAAGAGAUGGAAAUGUACAUUGAUCUCCAUCCAAUUACCAAUACAUCCCCAUACACAGUGGUUGAAACAAUGUCACUUGCCAAAGCUGCUGUCCUUUUCCGGCAACUCGGGCUCAGGCAUAUGUGUGUUGUUCCAAAGAGUCAAGGGAGGCCUCCAAUUGUUGGAAUCUUGACGCGACACGACUUCAUGCCAGAACACCUAUUAGGAUUGUACCCUCAUAUAAAGCCACACAAGUAAACAUCUGAAUGAAAUUUGGUUGUCUGCUAUAUGUUUAGCUAUUCAUUUUAUUGGUUGUGGAUGGUUAAGAUCGUGUCUAGUCUUCGUCAAAAUGAGAUCGAAGUUUAAACAUUUUUUGGGGGCAAAAUUCUUAAUGGAACAGUAUUUUAAUGAGUUGUAGAAGACAUUCAAGCCUUUUUAGCAACGGCAAUGUCAUGUUUCAUUCUUGAGGCGUCUUAUUCUUGCUCUUGGAUUAGAUUUGAAGCAGCAUAGGGGAAAAAGAGUUAGGCGCUUCAAAAAGAGUAAUUAUCAUGCAACAUUCAUAGGGUUUGAAGUUACUUCUUUUCUUGGCCAUGCCUCUUGUAAAUGAUAUGUGGAGGAUUUUUGUGUACCAUAUAUAUUCCAGUAAUCAUUGAAUAGAACUUGCAUAUAUUAUAAAUUGGUUCCUCAGUGGGCAUUAAA